AUGAAGCCGUUUGAUGGCCUUACCUUCUGUUGCACUUCGAUCCCGCUCAAACUUCGAGAAGAGCUCUCGGCCAAGAUCUCCACCCUCGGCGGAAUCCACUAUAAUGACUUAAUGAGCGAUGUCAAUUACUUAAUUGUGGGAAAUCGUCGCACCGACAAGUACAAGUUUUGCAUCAAGAACCGUUAUGAUGUCAAGUUUAUUCCUCCGGAGGCGAUAAAAACGAUAUACGACAAAUGGCUAGAGGGAGAUGAAGCGGAGGGAAUGAUAGAUAAUUGCAUUUUACCCGUUUUUGACGGGUUUACAGUGUGCCUUUCAAGGCUCGCAAAUCACGAAAAUCGGCUUCUGAAUGAGUCGUUUCGAAACCAUAGUCGCCAUGCUAUAAACGACGUGUUUGACGUGACAAAGAUAAGUGCUUGGAUUCAGGACCAUGGAGGUACCGUAACCGACUCUCUUACAGUUUCCAAUAGCUGCGUAGUGACUACAGAAACUCGAGGAAAACGCUACUUGAAAGCAAUUGAGUGGGAGAUCCCGGUGGUUCAUCCUAUUUGGGUGUUUGACUCACUUCUCCGCGAGGCUGCGCUUGACUGUGGUGACUAUACGCUUCGGGAACCCGACUAUACUUAUGGCACCGGCUGCAAAGUGUGGAAUAAAUGGUUCCAGUACCGGGGUUCAAACCCACAAAAAGAAGAACCUGCAACAGAUGUGGUGGCCGUCAAACCCACCAAAAAGAACCGUGCUGUUUGGCAGUCCAUUAUGCUGAACCAGACACUGAAGCAUCCCACUUCGCACCGAAAAAAUGCUUGGGACGAGGAAGAAGAAGAAGCUGACGAGGAUGUGUUCGAGGAUUCUACAUCACUUCCAAGAAAAUCAGAUCCACUACAAAAGAGAGACCUAUUUAUCAACUUUGUGUUCACGAUUUUAGGGUUCCUGUCUCACCAGUCCGACGUUAUUACCAAUGUAAUCAAGACCAACGGCGGCAGAGUGGUGGAUCCUUCUACGAAAAACAUUACACACAUCCUCGUGCCUUCUAAAACCAGCAACCAAGUUUCCUUACUUCUUGAAAAACUUCCCGACUCCACGAGACACAAAACUGUUCAGGGAACUGUGACAAUUGUUACCGAAUGGUUUGUGGAAAGAUGCUUAUUUUACGGCAAAAUCGUUCUAGAUAGUUGGGGUAUACCACUCAAGUCACUAAUGACUAGCACCAUACCAUUUAAAGUUUGUAUUACUGGGUUUACAGGUAUCGAAUUGUUACACCUUGAGAAGCUCAUAAACUAUUUGAAUUUGGAGUAUUGUGAUACAUUGACUAGUGAUAGAGAUUUGCUUGUGUUCAACAUCAACGUUUUCAAAACAUCUCUAGCGAAAAAUUCACCAAAACUAUUUGAAUAUCCUUCCAAUGAUGUCGUUGAUUGUCCCGUAUAUCAACCAGGAUCAAGUUCGGUGUCGGUGACUUCUUCCAAAAAUAAGAUAAAAGCAGCAAAACAAUGGCAUAUACCCAUCGUUUCCAUCUCCUACAUCUGGGAGAUUGUUCUCCAAGCAAAGUUGCCUAAUAUUCAAGACUUAACUUGGUGUCUUUAUGCUCCUGGUACUUGCAAACCAAAUAGCAUGCUUGACUAUGUCAAGUCCAACAUUGAAACAACGCCGAAAAAACGGCGAGAUCAAAGCAUAAAGUUCCCGUCGCCUCGCAGGAACUCAAAACGUCAAAAAUUUGGUCGAAUUGUAGGCAGAGGUUCUCCUACUGUGACAGAUCGAUUGCUUGAAGAGAGUCGCGACGAACAAGAUGAUGAAGAACAUGACAUAACCAACAUUGAUGAACUACAAGAGGACUUUGUGGGGUACCAAGAUGCAAAAUCCUUACAGGAAAGUGAAAAGUUACUACGGAAACUAGGAGGGUAA